GCAAACUUGCUGAAUUGCAUUUUUAUGUAGAGCGACUGGCGAUCGAAUCCCCUCCGUUCCCAGUCGUCUCGUGAACUUUAUCGGUUACGCACAUAUAUGUAUUAUAAAUUAUUCCAUUGGCAAUAAAUCUAUCAGGAAGUUAUUCGUUUCACUCCCUAAGCCCCACCAGCACACGCGACACUGGUGACCCGCGAAAAAGUGAACAAAAGUGUAGUAGUAAUUUCAGACUCAAAAUUUAUUGUGAAAAAUGAACCCACAAGUGCCACCUCAAAUUGACCAGCCUGUUAAAAUUCCGGUACCACCGCCCGCCGUCGCCGGUACUUCGACCAUGGCGGACACGGAAGAGAAAUUAGGAUAUGGGUUGUCUGCAAUUAGCCUAACCAAUAAAAUUCCGGAUUUUUGGACAGAUCAACCGAGGGUUUGGUUUAUUCGAACAGAGGCGAUAUUAGCACCACAGAAAAUGGGAGAUGAUUCUAAAUUUAAUAUCGUCGUAUCAAAAUUGACUAAGGAUGCCAUUCAACAAGUAUCCGAUUUACUUAUCGAUCCACCAAAAACUAACAAAUUCGAAAGUCUGAAGGCCAGAUUACUACAAAUUUACGAGGAGUCAGAAAACAGGAAAAUACAGAAAUUGAUCGGGGAAAUGGAGCUUGGGGAACAAAAGCCUUCCCAGCUAUUGCGCCGCAUGCGCGAUCUCGCAAGGGGUAAGAUUCCUGACGAAACCCUUCGUAUAUUGUGGCAAGGUCAUCUGCCACCAGCGGCGAGAGCUGUUCUUGCGGUGACGGAGAAUGUGGAUUUAGAAAGUUUGUGUGACAUUGCCGAUAAAAUCCAAGAGACGACUCGGCCUGAGAACGUCGCCGAGGUUUCCCAGGUCUCAUCAGAUCAGUGCGACAAAAUUAUGGCAGAGAUAGCCAAAAUAAAUGUUCGGUUGAACCAAAUGGAUACGAGGUCAAGGUCAAUCCAACGCGACAGAGGUAAUAAACGUUCAUCAUACCGUACGCGCAGCGCUUCCCGGCAGCGUACACCCAAUAGCCCCGAUUGGCUCUGUUUCUACCACUACCGAUUCAAGAAUCGUGCCAAGAAAUGUGAGAAACCAUGUGCUUGGAAAACUCCGGAAAACUAACGAGAGUGCAGCCAGUGGCGGAAGUCUGCACCGUUUUGCCAUCCCACCGCCUUUGCGUAACAGAUUUAAAUAGUGGACUACGUUUUUUAGUGGAUACAGGUGCUAACGUUUCGGUGAUUCCACGCAAAAAAAAAUCCUUUAGUGAUAGUGAGUGC